CGGCGGCCGGAGUCGGAGCCCCAGCUGCGCUGUCCAGGCAACACGUUUGACUCAUUGACAACAUCACAAUCUGAUUUCGAAGAUGUGUUCUACAAACCCAGGCAACUGGGUCACAUUUGAUGAUGACCCUGCAUUUCAGUCUUCUCAAAAGUCAAAGAAUUUUCCUCGGGAGAAUCAAGGCAUCUGUAGGCCAAAUGGACUUAAGCUGAACCUUUCCGGUCCUAAGGAAUUACCCAGUGGGUCUUCCUCCACCAGUAGUACCCCUCUCCCCUCUCCCAUCAUAGACUUCUACUUCAGUCCAGGACCUCCAAGUAAUUCUCCUCUUUCUACACCUACCAAAGACUUCCCAGGAAUUCCUGGCAUCCCCAAAGCAGGGACUCACAUGCUUUAUCCUAUUCCAGAAUUAUCUUCAAACAGUCCACUCACAACUCCUGGAGCAGAUUCUUCUGUAUCGCCUACUAAACCAACAUGUUUAUCCCAUGCUUCCUUACCCAGUGACACCUCAUGUACACUUCCAGCUCCCAAAGUGGACCUUCCAGAUGGAGUUAGUUCUCCGCAGGCUGAAAGCCCAGGUCUCCAAAGCGAUGCUCUCCAGUUUCAGUAUUUUCAGGAGGACUGUGCCUUUUCAAGUCCAUUUUGGAAAGAAGAAGGAAGUGCUUCCCAGUUCACCUUUGACCCUGCAGGAAGUAGAAAGGGGUUCCCAUCAAGAGACAAAGAAAUGCCAAUUGAUCAAAAAAGCUUAAAUCAGUGUUCACUCAACUACAUCUGUAAGAAGCUUGAACAUCUCCAAUCAGCUGAGAACCAAGACUCAUUUGGAAAUUUGUCGAUGCAAUGUCUGUAUGCUGAAGAUACAGCCUCUUCCUUUGUCCCCCACACGCUUUUCAGGAGUCAGCCCAAACCUGGAUGGUCUUUCAUGCUGAGAAUUCCUGAGAAGAAGAACAUGAUGUCUUCCCGUCAGUGGGGACCCAUUUUUUUAAAAGUCUUACCUGGAGGGAUUUUACAAAUGUAUUAUGAGAAGGGGUUAGAAAAACCAUUUAAAGAGUUGCAGCUUGAUCCACAGUGCAGGCUUUCUGAACCCAAACUUGAGAACUUCAGUGUGGCGGGAAAAAUCCAUACUGUGAAGAUUGAACACGUGUCUUACACAGAAAAAAGAAAAUACCAUUCUAAGACAGAAGUCGUUCAUGAGCCAGACAUAGAACAGAUGCUCAAGUUGGGGUCCACAGAGUACCGCGACUUCCUCGACUUUCUGACUACGGUGGAGGAGGAGCUGCUGAAGCUGCCAGCGGCUUCAAAACCAAAAAAGAAUUAUGAGGAACAAGAAAUUUCCCUUGAAAUUGUGGACAACUUUUGGGGUAAAAUCACUAAAGAAGAAGGAAGGUUGGUUGAAAGUGCUGUGGUAACGCAGGUGUGUUGCCUCUGCUUUGUGAACGGGAGUGCGGAGUGCUUCUUGACACUGAACGAUCUUGAGCUGCAGAAGCGAAAUGAACACUACUUUGAAACAGACCCAGAGAAGAAGGGGAUUGAUAUUCUUGAAUAUCAUUUUCAUAAGUGUGUGAAAGCACAAGAAUUUGAGCGAUCAAGAAUCAUUAAGUUUUUGCCUCUGGAUGCCUGCCGGUUUGAGCUGAUGCGUUUCAAGACUCUGUAUAAUGGGGAAGAUCUUCCCUUUUCCCUGAAGUCCAUGGUGGUUGUCCAGGGGGCCUAUGUGGAGCUUCAGGCCUUUGUCAACAUGGCCCCAUUGCUUCAGAGGUCAUCCCAUGCCAGUUCCUUGCGGUCCUGUGACAACAUAAUGAUACACUUUCCCGUCCCAUCGCAGUGGAUCAAGGCUCUCUGGACCAUGAACCUUCAGAGGCAGAAGUCCCUGAAAGCCAAAAUGAACCGUCGGGCAUGUCUGGGGAGUUUGCAUGAACCUGAAUCUGAACCUGUCAUACAGGUCACUGUGGGGUCAGCGAAAUAUGAGAGUGCCUACCGAGCCGUGGUAUGGAAGAUAGACCGGCUUCCUGAUAAACAUUCAAGUCCCGAUCAUCCCCAUUGUUUGUCAUACAAACUAGAACUUGGAUCAGACCAAGAAAUUCCCUCUGAUUGGUACCCAUUUGCUACUGUUCAGUUUGGGAUGCUUGACACCUGUGCCUCAAGGACAGAGGUCAGGUCUUUGGGGGUGGAGAGUGAUGUUCAGCCACAGAAACACAUUCAUCAGCGAGCUUGCUACAACAUCCAGGUUGAAAUAGAAAAGAAGUGGAUUAAAAUCGAUGGAGAAGACCCAGAUAAAGCUGGUGACUGCAUAACUCAGUAGGAGUAGCAAGAGUUAAUGCUGACGACCCAUUUUCAAAUAUGUAAUUUAUAGAAACCACACACAGCUCUGCUACUGUGUAGUGGAAAUGACUUCUGAACAGAGGGCUUAGGACAGGUCCAGUGGCUGUGUUUUAGAGAAGUUUAGGCCUGAAACCAAACAAUCUAUAUUUGAUAUGUUUUUUUCCCCAGGAGUUUAAUCCAAAAUGUGUCUAUAAUUUACGUGAUGUUUCUGCUUCCUAUUGAAACUCAAAGGUGCUGUUAUUCAGUGUGUGACCCAACCGCCAGUUUGGCUAACGGGUUUUUGAUUUUUGAUUACUCACUGGCUUAUUAUUUUGUGCUUUGGACUUGUCAUAUUUAUUAUCCUCCAGUUUCUAUUUCUUCUUGCUAUGUUAGCACCUGUACUGAAGGGUGAGGCAAUCAAAAGAAACAUAGACCAAAUUACUUAAUUUUCCCACUUGCUUAUCUCUGAAAUGUGGCCAGGUAUAGUAUGAUGCUGACACCACAGGCUAAAAUGGAGUCGUGGACGAAUCUGUCCUCUUACCACAUUGCGAGUCAUCAUGGGCUGUAUUUGGUACCUGUCUUUCCUUCAUGGCAUUAUUGUUCUCCACAUGCAUUUGUAUUCUGGUGCGUGUUGCAAAGAAGCUAUUUCUGUUGAUAUACACAUUUUAGUACAAGUUACUAAGACCUAUUGCCUUUUGCUUGGAGAGAUUUCUUUUAAAAUGGAAUCCCAGUAUUGGGUACUCAUUAAAAUAUUUAUGUACAUUAAAGACGAAUGUUUAAAGUUCAUGAAUAUUCUUUCCCAAAAGUACAGACUCUGAGAAUGUAUUUUGAUAAAGUAUUAUUUGUGAUUAAUACAAGCCUCUCUUGAGUAGAAGUCUAACUCAUGAUUGUUUUAUGCCAGUUCUACUAAAUUUAGGGUAUUUUUCUUUAAAUGAAACACACUAGUUAUUUUCCCUAGAUUUUUGACAUUUCUGAUCGUCAGUCAGCUAAAUGUUUGAUUUCUAAUGAAAAGCCAGUAGCAUUAGUGGUUAUAAUUUGUUUAUAAUUUCCUUUCAGUGUUUAUAGUGAAAGGUCAGAUUCUAAAAUUUAUGAAAUCUAUAUUCUAGGUACUUUUUAGUCUGAAAAACAAAGUCCUUCAUUUGGUAUUAACACACCUUCAAUUUAUGUUGAGUCUACAAUAUGAUUAGGAGGUAUUUUUCUCUAUUUACUAGAUUUGUUUUGAGUCAAAACUGAUAUAAUAAUGUUCUUCCCAACAACAUUUA